UCUGGCUCGGCUUGAGGGGCUGGGCUGGGAGGAGGACUGGCGGGCGGGUGGCUGCGGCCACUGGCCAGGCGUGGGCGCACGCAGGGCAGCCACGGGCACGGAGCGUCCGCCGCGCAGCCAGAGCCUGGUGCACCCUCGGCGGCCGCGCCUCCUGCCCUCCGUCUUUCCGUCCGGCCCAGCCGCGCCGCACCAUGCCCGCCGUGGACAAGCUCCUGCUAGAGGAGGCGUUGCAGGACAGCCCCCAGACCCGCUCUUUGCUGAGUGUAUUUGAAGAAGAUGCCGGCACACUCACGGAUUAUACCAACCAGCUGCUCCAGGCAAUGCAGCGCGUCUAUGGAGCCCAGAAUGAGAUGUGCCUCGCCACUCAACAGCUUUCUAAGCAACUGCUGGCAUAUGAGAAACAGAAUUUCGCUCUUGGCAAAGGUGAUGAAGAAGUAAUUUCUACACUCCACUAUUUUUCCAAAGUGGUGGAUGAGCUUAAUGUUCUCCAUACAGAGCUGGCUAAACAGUUGGCAGACACAAUGGUUCUACCUAUCAUACAAUUUCGAGAAAAGGAUCUCACAGAAGUAAGCACUUUAAAGGAUCUCUUUGGACUUGCCAGCAACGAGCAUGACCUCUCAAUGGCAAAAUAUAGCAGGCUUCCUAAAAAAAAGGAAAAUGAAAAGGUGAAGGCUGAAGUUGGAAAAGAGGUGGCAGCUGCACGGCGGAAACAGCACCUUUCAUCCCUUCAGUACUACUGUGCCCUCAACGCGCUGCAGUACAGGAAGCGGAUGGCCAUGAUGGAGCCCAUGAUAGGCUUUGCCCACGGACAGAUUAACUUUUUCAAGAAAGGAGCAGAGAUGUUUUCCAGAAGGAUGGACAGCUUUUUAUCUUCUGUUGCAGACAUGGUUCAAAGCAUUCAGGUGGAACUGGAAACCGAAGCAGAAAAGAUGCGGGUGUCCCAGCAAGAAUUACUUUCCGUCGAUGAAUCUGUUUACACUCCUGACUCUGAUGUGGCUGCACCACAGAUCAACAGGAACCUCAUCCAGAAGGCUGGUUACCUUAACCUCAGAAACAAAACAGGGCUGGUCACCACCACCUGGGAGAGACUUUACUUCUUCACCCAAGGCGGGAAUCUCAUGUGUCAGCCCAGGGGGGCCGUGGCCGGAGGCUUGAUCCAGGACCUGGACAACUGCUCGGUGAUGGCGGUGGAUUGUGAAGACCGGCGAUACUGCUUCCAGAUCACCACUCCUAAUGGAAAAUCGGGAAUAACCCUCCAGGCAGAGAGCAGAAAGGAAAAUGAAGAGUGGAUAUGUGCAAUAAACAACAUCUCCAGACAGAUCUACCUGACUGACAACCCAGAGGCAGUCGCAAUCAAGUUGAAUCAGACGGCUCUCCAAGCAGUGACUCCCAUUACAAGUUUUGGAAAAAAACAAGAAAGCUCGUGCCCCAGCCAGAAUCUGAAAAAUUCAGAGAUGGAAAAUGACAAGAUUGUUCCCAAAGCAACAGUCAGUGCUUCGGAAGCAGAACAACUGAUUGCACCUGGAACACCGAUUCAGUUUGACAUUGUACUUCCUGCCACAGAAUUCCUUGAUCAGAACAGAGGCAGCAGGCGUAUCAACCCUUUUGGUGAAACCGAAGAUGCGUCAUUUCCAGAAGCAGAAGAUUCCCUUUUGCAACAGAUGUUUAUAGUUCGGUUUUUGGGAUCAAUGGCAGUUAAAACAGACAGCACCGCUGAAGUGAUUUAUGAAGCGAUGAGACAAGUGCUGGCUGCGCGGGCUAUUCAUAACAUCUUCCGUACGACAGAGUCCCAUCUCAUGGUCACCAGUCAAACUCUGAGGUUAAUAGAUCCUCAGACUCAAGUAUCAAGGGCCAAUUUUGAACUUACCAGUGUCACACAGUUUGCUGCUCAUCAAGAAAACAAGAGACUGGUUGGCUUUGUCAUCCGCAUUCCUGAAUCCACAGGAGAGGAGUCUCUGAGCACUUACAUUUUUGAAAGCAACUCAGAAGGCGAAAAGAUAUGUUAUGCUAUUAAUUUGGGAAAAGAAAUAAUUGAGGUUCAGAAGGAUCCAGAAGCAUUGGCUCAAUUAAUGCAAUCCAUACCACUAACCAAUGAUGGAAAAUACAUAUUGUUAAAUGAUCAACCAGAUGACAAUGAUGAAAGUCCAAAUGAAAACAGAGGUGCAGAAUCUGAAGCAUAAUUCACUUGUGCUGUGGGGGAAGAGCACACAGGAAGGAGAGCUACCUCCUUAAGGGUCUUCAACUUCUCUAAUACACAGGCACACUGACCUGAUUUCAGAAUGCCAACGAUCGUUUGUGGAAUGUACUCUCAAUGCCUUGGUACUGAGACUUGGGAGGGAAACAGUAAGAAAUGGUUGACCCAUGUUCCUACUCAUCUACAAAUGUUAUUUUAGGUGCUUUGUGGUAAGUCCUUUUCUUAGAUUACAUUGUUCAGUGCUCAGAGUGAAAGUUAUGAAAAAAUGCACUGUUCAUUUGAAUUUCAUCUCUUUUCAGUUUCCAGUAUCCUUUUUAAAAAAUGGUAAAAGCCUAGAUUUACAAUUUGAUAAACACUAAAUAUUUCCUAUUAAUAUAAUCUAUUUUUGUAUUUUACUUAAUAAGCUUUAAGUGCCUAUCAUUCUGAAAAUUAUGUAUUUAUAAUCCAGCUUGUCUCAUAAUUGGACCUAAUAGCGUUCUGCUUUGAGGCCCAAGCACUAGUAGAGAUGCAGGUCUAGUUUUGAUAAUUGUUCCAGACAUCAUGCAAUGAAAAGACUAGCAGAUGAGUUCCACAAGAGACAUUUAAUUUUACAGUAGCACCUUACUGAACCAGCAUUCAGAACUUUCAAGUUCCUCCUAAAUACGAUUGUUUUUAGUGGUGUAUCACUGUGAACAGGGUGCCAGCUCUACCAGUUCCUGUUUCUUCUGAGCCAGACCCUCAAGGAAGGGACCGAUUGAUUUUAAAACUCACUUGAAGCACAGCUGGUCAUGGGGCUUAGUAUAAAGUUCCUAUUUCCACCCUGAUCCUUCCAGUUCCUAGAAUCCCAGCCCACUCUCCCUUCCCUCCCAUACCUAUGAAAUAAGUAUAAUGAUCUUGAAUUGAAACAGUGUGUUUAACUGUAACCAAGUUCAACAGACUAUCAUUAUCUUUGUAAUAAAUUAACAUAGCAAUAAAAAUUGUUUCUUUCUUUG